CUUAGAUCUCAGCUCUUUAGUAGUUUGAUCCAACGGUGCAAAAUAUUCGGCACAGUAACUUAUAGCGGUUAAUAGCCACCCUCUUGUUUUCCCUCUCACAUAAACCCUAGAAAUCCUGCAAGCCUACCCGCCUCGCAGCCACCCCUGUGACCCCCAUUUAAAUCGAGGGAAAGAGAGAGAAGGGAAUUACUAAAUUUUUAUUAUAACAAUAGAAAAGUCUCGUUUGGAAAUCGAAGGGAUCUUUUUGUGGACGACCCAAAAAGGGAUGCUUUGAUUUUUAUUUUUUGUUUUGUAGGAAAUAUUUUGUAUCGUGUUAUUUGUAUGGUUUGCGUGUUGAUAGGUAAUUGAGUCUGAGAUUCUAACAAAAAAAAGAUUGGGAUUUUGUGAGAUGUUUGUGAGAUUUGCUUGAUCUUCAAUUUUUACCCCCAAAAUAUCGUCUUGCAGUAUUUUUUUUUUCAUUCUGUGGCCUGGAACGAAAAUUAGAGGGAAAAAAACUCUGGGUUUGUAGUGGGUUCGAGUUGUGACCAGUUGAUCCGAAUCUGUUCAGUUAAGACUUGGUUCUGGUAUGGCAAAGUCGUGAUGAAGGGUAGUUUCCCCUGCAUGUUCCAAGAAUUCGAAUUUUGGUAAGACCUUAUUGUUUGAGCAGACUUCAAAAAUCCGUGCUUUGUGCUUUAGGGUGGGGCUUUUGAGGCAUUCAUGGCCAAUUAAGCCUUUUGAACUUCGCUGCUAGUUCAUGCUGUAUCAAUUUGGCUGGUUACGCAUUUCCCAUAUCCAUAGAUUCUGUUGACUGUAUUUUGAAAGAAAUAGUGAAAAAAAGAAAAAAAGAAUUUUGAUUGUCAAGUCAGUUAGUUCAUCUUGCAUUCGACCAAGUUCUGGCCACUAAGGUGGUCAAUUAAAACGCUGAAGAAGAAAAUUAGUUCAGGGGCUUUGCCUCUUAAACUCAAGUCAAUGCCUUCAGUUGGUAUGAGAAGGAGCACACGGGUGUUUGGGGCACGUGUUUUACGGUCAGGCAGGAGGCUAUGGACCAAGUCUCAGGAAGACAGUAAAAAAGUCCGGGUAUCUCAUGGGGAGGAUCAGUGGGCCGAGCUUUUAGAAGAUUCUGCUGAUGUAGUUGAAGGUGCUGAUGAUGUCUGCAAGGAAGCAAAGCAGGAAAAUAAAACCAGUGGUUUGGGAGAUGUGGAAAUGGAGGAACUUUCACCUGAAUAUGGUGAUGUGGAGGUGAAAAGUGCAGACAGGUUGUAUGGCAUUGUGUACACAAGAAAGAGAAAAAGGGCAGAGCUCGAUCUGAAUGAGGAUAGAAGAUGUGGGAAGAAGUUUUUCAGGAAGCAAUGGAGAAAAAGAAGUAAAGUGGCAGUUUCUGAAACUUGUGGGGUUGAACGGAGUUCAGUUAUUGGGUUUCGUGAGCUUGCUAUUAUAGCGAAUGGGCCAGCUUGCAGGUAUGGUUUUUGGAUCACUUGCUUCCUUGCUACAGUUCUCAGUUACAUGCUGAGGGUCAGGAUGGGUGUUAGGCGACUGUCUGCAUUUCUUCUGUACAAACCUAUAUUCGAUGCUUAUACAUCAGGUGGAGUGCUUUUCCUCCAGGAUUCUUCCAACACCAAGAGACCCGUUAUUUGCUUAAUUUCAGGAUCCAAGUCAUUAAUACCAACCUUUUCUGUUAAUAUCUCCGCUAUCCCCUCAUUCUUUAUGCACAUGCAAACAAGCAUGUGUAUUAGAUCUGAACAUUCGGCUUGCUUUCUCGUGGCACAUUCAGUCAGUAUAUAUGAGAAGGAAGAGAAAGUUAUGGACAUGGCUGAUUAUUCGGAAACACAUUCUGUGGCACAUUCAGUCAAUAGUUAUUGUGAGAAGAACGAGGAAGUUACAAAUGUGGAUGAUUAUUGCGAAAUACAGUCAACUGAAUUCCCAUCUUAUGUGGAGCAGCAAGAUUCUAUGGAAGUAGUAGUACCUCAAGCUGUUUCUGGAAGAAAAGAGUUUUCACGCACUGCUAAUGUUGGAAUAAGUAAAUCAUCUCUUCGAACUCUUCAAUCGAGAAAUAGUCGUCACAUUCAGAAAAGACGGAGUUCCUUAAGACGCAAGAAAAGUCAAGUCCCGUCAGGCUUCCGAACCCAGAAGUCCUUUGGAACUUUGACUGCUGACUUUUUACGAAUCAGACAAGAGAGUGCGAAAGUUUCUCCAGCCAAGAGUAGUCCCAUGGCGAAAAAUUUCAGAGAGCUAAAAUGUACAAUCACACAGGAUGUGUUUAUCACAGGCUGUUGCGUGAACCUGUUAAUAACCGAGCCCGACAAGUGUUUUCGGGAAGAAGGAGCCAAUAUUACUUUAGAAUUCUCAACUUCGAAAAAUUGGUUCCUUGCCGUGAAAAAGGAUGGAAAGAAAAAGUACAGCCUAACUGCUGAGAAGGUCAUGCGUCCAUCUUGGACCAAUCGUUUUUCCCAUGCGACAAUCUGGGCCGUCGAUUCAAGCUCGAAGUUUGAGUUUCCCAACAAACACGAUUGGUUGAUUUUCAAGGAGCUUUACAAAGAGUGCUAUGAAAGGAACAUGCUUUCACCUGCAACCAGUGUAAUUCCUGUCCCUGCAGUGCAGGAAGUGCUGGACACUAAUAAGAACUAUAAGCCUUACGUGAGGCCUGCUUCGUAUAUUCGCGUGAGGGACGAUGAGCUGGCUCGUGCUCUUGCUAGAUCGAGCGCGAUUUAUGACAUGGACUCUGAUGAUGAGGAGUGGUUGGCUGAUUUUAACGAUGAGCUUUGUAGGGGUGAGGAAGUAGUUGAGCUUGUUACGUCUGAGAGUUUCGAGUCAAUCAUUGAUGCUCUUGAGAAAGGUUUUCACUGCAAUCCAGAUAAUAAUUUGGACGAGCGAGGUGUGUUGUGUGAUUCUUGCAUGCAUUUGGAGAGAAAGGAAGUUGUUGAGGCCAUCCAUGGCUAUUGGGUUAAGAAGCGGAAACAGAAACGAGCCUCCCUGGUGAAGAUUUUCCAGCUUUACCAGCCUAGAAGAAUUCAAGUGAACACAAAAUCAGUUUCACGAAAGAAAAGAUCAUUUAAGAGACAGGCUAGUCAGAUUGGGCGAGGCAAACAACGACCUACUUUUCCAGUGAUUGCAACUGAACAAAACACUUUAGAGCAACAGAACCGUGUACAAAAGCUGCAAGAAGCCAAGGCUGCUGCAGGCAGGUCCGAGGGCCUGGCUAUUCUAAAGCGUCAAAAGGCCCAAUUGCUCAUGGCCAAUGCUGAUUUAGCUUCUUAUAAAGCGUUUAUGGCCCUUCGAAUUGCAGAGGCAGCCCAAAUUGCCAAGAAUCCAGAGAACAAUCUUUCUAGUUUACUGGUUGAAUUGUGAUAAAUUCCCAUCCCAUCUCAUCUGAUCUGGGAAGAAAAAUAUGGCCCAGAUUUUUGGCAUGUGACGAGCGUUAGUUUUCUUUUUUAUCAAGGCUUUUGUUGGGUUUCAUGCGAGUACUAUUGUAAUUUUGUAUAGAAUUUGAUUUGAUGUACAUUUUGUAUCAUUACCAUUAACUGACUGAAUACUCGAUCUGUAGAAGGGGCUGCACUCUCGUUUAAGAGAGUCGAAAAAAUUUAGGGGGGAAAUGUUAAAUGCUAAAUUGGCCGGUUUGGGUCUUUUUCUGUGGUGGGAUUUUUUUGCACAAGUUUUUUGGUUAUAUUUAACUUUGUAUAGUUGGAACUGCCUGUGUUAUUUAGAGCUACAAGUUUAGAUGUUGAGACCAUCUAUAUACUUGUGUAUAUAUUUCAUGAUUGUUU